CCCACAUUAUUCGUUAGUUUGUUGUGGUUAAUAACACAGUGUCUACAUUCGACAAGCAAUCUGUGAAAUAAUUUAAACAAUUCUUAAUAAUUAUUCGGUUAGUGGCACAAAAAGUGUUUUAUACUUAAAUUUUAAAUAUAUUAAGAUAUUAAAAAUAAUUUAAAGAAAGAAAUACAUCCUCGUAUUCUCCAGAAACACAAGUCAGCAACGAACAAAUAGAGAAUAAAUCACGUCCAUAAUGGCAACCUACGAAUUAACAGUAUCGGCUCCGAAUAUAGAAGACCGUAGUUUUACCAAGCCGCUCUUAUGUGGUCCAGGGCCCUGCGAUUUGUGGCCAUCUGUAUCUGAAGCUCUUGCCAAACCCGUUAUCACACCCUUGUGCGACGAACAUUAUAAUGUCAUCGACGACAUCCGUGCUGGUCUUCAGUACAUAUUCCAGACGCGCAAUAAGCUGGUGUACGCGGUCAGCGGUUCCGGACAUAGUGGGAUGGAGACCAUCAUCUCUAACCUUUUGGGACCAAACGAAGUCCUCCUCAUAGCUAGUAGGGGCAUUUGGGACCAGAGGGCGAACAUCAUAGCCAAUAGAUACGGAAUAAAAACCAUUAUCAUCAGCGCACCAUUCAACACGACUUUUAGCCACGAUACACUGGAAGCAGCAUUGAAUAAACAUAAACCAACUGCUUUAUUUAUCACCCAUGGAGAUUCAUCCACGGGCACCGUUCAAAACCUCAAAGGAUUGGGGGAAAUUUGUCAUAGGCACGGAGCGUUCCUGCUAGUGGAUACAGUAGUCUCUCUAGUUGGUGAGCCGUUCUUCAUGGAUGACUGGGGUGUAGACGCAGUAUAUACGUCCACUCAAAAAGCCCUGAGUGGACCGGCUGGCAUAAGUCCUGUUGCGUUUAGCCAGUUCGCUGCAGACAAAAUUAAUAACAGAAAACAUGAACCGCCGUUCUAUUUUGACGCGAAAUUGUUGGCCCAGCAGUGGAACUGUUACGGCAACACAAGACAGUAUCAUCACACACUGAGCCCUCCGCUUCUCUGGGCGCUCCGUCAAUGUCUUCGAGAAGUCGCCAAGGAAACCUUACCCAAGUCGUGGGCACGCCACGCCGCCACCACAGCUCAUUUCCACAGACGGAUCCAACAAAUGUCAUUGCAGUUUCUUGUACCCAAACCUGAAGAUCGCUUAGCCACUGUUACCACAAUAGUGCUGCCAAAUGGCUACGAUUACGUGAAAUUCUACAAAUAUAUUAGAGAUAAAUACAACAUACUAAUCUUCGCCGGUUUGGGUCCUACUGUGGGUAAAGCACUACGCAUAGGUCUGAUGGGUGUUAACUCUACCAUCGAAGUGGCCGAUGCAGUGGCCGAUGCGAUGAUGGGCGCUUUGAAGGUCAAAUCGCUACUUUAAGCAAUUACUUGAAUUAAUUUUUUAUCUGUGUGAAAAAGAAUAACUUACAAAUGUUUUAAGUCCAUUUUACCCUUAAAAUUUUAUAAUAACUAUGUAUAUUAUUAUGAUAUAUAAAUAGAUUUUAUAGUCAAUAGUACAAUGUACCAAACAGUAAUGCAAUUGUUUUAGAAUAUCUGUGUAAUUUAUGUAUUUCAUAUAAGUUUAAUAAAACCAAGAAGUUAUCUCA